CCCUCCCCGCGGCAACCCGGCCUCUGCCCCCGCCUGUGUUUGGAUCAGGCUCAGUGAGAGUAACCAGAAGUUAACGAAGUCUGUGGGGUCUGAAGCUGAAAAUAACCUCCUGGGCAUGAUAGGGAGGAAUCAAAAUCAGGGAGGUACGGCUGCAUCCCUGACUACCUUCAGAAGACACAUUACUGACAAUAGAAACUGCCUGUACUGUGGUGACACAGUGUGAGAUGUUUUAACUGUCACCCAGGACUUCAUAAUGACAUCAAACAGGCUCAGUGCUUGACACCGACACUGAACUUCUGUCGCUCUCUGAUAGAGAGACUCUUCUGAACUCCUAACACUUGCUGGAAUCAUGUUGCUCCAGGGACAAGAGUCACCUUCCCAUACUGUGACCCAUUGCAGUGAACUGACUCUACUGCAGGGCCAAGCUGCCACAGAUACACAGUGGACAGCACUGCCUUAGCCGCUCUGUUCCUCUUCUGCAAAAACAGACCCCUCUCAGGUGGAGAGGUUUCUAUAUAGUUUUCCUCCUUAGUUGCCCAGUUGCCCAGAAAGGUGAUGGCUGCAUGGACCGAGUUUCAAGAAAGUCAACACCCAAGUAUGGCUGUUUGCAUUCCCUCCAACAGUCAGUCUGCUAGGCCUAAUGCAGACCACAACCAUUUCUCUUCAGUCAAGGUCUCUGAAGUGAAAGGAAGCAAAGUCAAAUUGCGUUGUGAGCAGUGGCACACCUUGCUGAAACAGUUGGAGAGAGCAUAAUGAAUGUCUGUUCGUAGGGAGUCAUUUUUAUAUUGAUAAUUGGAAGCCCUCUGCUCAGUUCAGCACAUCAGUCUCCUAAAUUACACAAUACAUUUUCAGAACAGCCUAAAAAGCUUGAAAGAAACCAGUGUAGAAGCUUACAGCCCUGUUUCUCCUGCCUAGCUCAAACUCAUCCCGGCAAAAUAGGCUCUGCACCACGGCAGUUGAAAGGUAACCUUGGGGACCCGUUACUGAGAAGAAAUAAGAGUGCUAUGCAGCUCACAGCCUCCCCUCCAGGUGAGCCAUUAGAAAGGAAAUCAGAACAUGAAUUUUUACAGGUUUGGAAAGUCCAGCAUAUUGCUUUUUCUUAGGCCUCUAUGGUGGAGGAGUGGAAAAGCAGACUACAAGUGCUGGGGAGACUACAAGAGGGAGAGAGGCCACAGUACCUUCUAUAGUUUCUUUCCUGCAACUGUCAGACGUGGGUGGCUGAUUACAAAAGGUGAAAAGUGAGAGACAGUUUGGCAGAACAGAUUUGUGGAAUGAACUCAAGAAUCAAUCACUGCGGCUGUUAGCAGAGGGCAUGGCCCUCCUGUGCAUUGUAGGAAUUUCUUCGAAAGAAGCCAUCAGAAGGCAGUGUAAUUGUUAGGCAGUGGCUGCUGCUAGGCUUGUGUUUCUUCAGUCUGUGGCAUGACUCUUGAGGAACAGGACCCCGUGUCAUGAGCAGGAGUUAUGCAGACUCUUUGCACAAACCUCAGAGGUUGAUGGAAAAACAGGCCAUGGCCAGGAAAAUCUAUUGCCACUCAUGACCCAGAUCUGCUUCUGGGGAGCAGUGAAAUGAGCCUGUUGAAGGUGGUGGCAUUGUCCAGCCAGCCAUGCAAGCACAAUACAGGUCAUCCCCAGGCCUCAGCUGCCACCUGUGUUUGGGGCAUUGGGAACUUCACCUCUGAGAACUUGUAUCCACAAGCAACAUCCUCUGAGUGUUAAAUGCUGGAGCUGGUCCCAGGGAGCUUGUUAACAGCCAAAAAUUCUGGAUAGAACUUGUAGGUAGGUGGUAGUUAUCUGUCAGUCCUGACCUCUACCUAAUACCAGUUUUUGGACACAAGCCUUGUUUGGGAUAAUCCUGGUGUAAAUGUUUGACCUGGUGGUAUAUGCAUCACACCCAUAGGUCUUGGACUCUCUCCUCCACCACGUUGGGCUCUCUCUCCGACUCCAGCAGCCAGUAGGAUCUGGUCUCUCAUUGCUUUGGGUCACAGAGAUGACUCUGGGGCUCAGGUGGGAAUAAUGCAUUCUCUAGUGAAUGCAUUCUCUAAGACUCCUGUGACCUGCAUCCUAAAUCACUUCUGGUAGGAGGCUCCAUCAGCAGUCACCUCAGGGAAAAGGAAAAAUUCCUCACAGAAAUUAUCAGGAAUAAGUGAUUUCUGAUAGAGCUCCAAGUGGAGGAAGUUGCACUGGGAUGUUCCCUGGACCUUCCCCUCAGUGGCAGGACUGUCAUCCUAUUAGCCAAAGCCAGAUUGUGGAGCUGUCCUCCAGGUCCCUCAUGCCUUCUCUGACCCCUCUGACAGAGCAGCUCAGCAUCUCACAAGAGUGUGCAUCUGCCCCUGCACAGCCUGGAAAACCAAGCCCCAAGGGAAGGGCCCUAUGUAGGAUGCACGGCAGAAUUUGGAUGGCUCACAGAAUUCAUUCUGCUGCAUCUACUUCUACGAAGUGCUGCAGGCUACUGCAGUGGAACUGUUGCCUGUGGAGGACCAAAUUAGACUCCAGCUGGAAAGGUGCUGAGGCGUUGGCUGGGCUGCACUGGGCUGGUGGACAGAGCUGCUCUUAAGUAAAGCUGUGCAAAAACUGGGAAGGAGCUUUUGAAUUUGGACCACUUCCAGGCCUGACAUCCAGAAACUCAUCCCUAUGGGCAGUAAAGACAAAGAGGCUGGAUGCCAAGGAGGAAGAAUGGUAAAGGCAGCAUCUUUCCAGGAUCCAUGGGCUCUUUGAGAGAUGAUCAGAGGGAGGCCAGAUGAUCUGCACAACACGCACACCACUGUUUCUCAUCUGCAAAGGCAGCAUCGGAGCGUUCUCCCCAGCCCUGCACCACCCGGCUUGCCCGAUCGUUUCCGGAUGUUUCGCAGCUGCGAGUGGGAGGUCCUGGAGCGAUCCCUCAAUAUCCUCCAGGCCAGUGACUUUUACUGGGGCCCCUUGUCUGUGGGGGAGGCCCACGCCAAACUCCAGAGGGAGCCUGUAGGCACCUACUUGGUGCGGGACAGCUCGCAGGGGAACUGCUUGUUCAGCCUGAGUGUGCGGAUGCCAACGGGGCCUGUCAGCCUCCGAAUCUCUUUCCAGGAGGGCUAUUUCCGCCUGAAGAACUGGUUUUCAGACUGUGUGGUCCAGCUGCUGGAGCUGGUGGUGGCAGGGACCCGGAACAACCCCUUACACUUUGAUGAAAUGGGGGGAACACCCCUGGUCUUCUCUGAGCCCCUGUGCCGGAGCCGCCGGACAGUGCCCACCCUGCGAGAACUGUGCUACCGAAGCCUCCCCGCUGGUGCCAUGACAGGGGACAGAGCAGGGCUGGGGGGCUCCUUGGGGAUGUGUCUGAGGGAGGAGGUGGUUUCACCCCUGCACAGAAGGGGAGGGUCAGAGGGGAGUGUUGUCCCCAGCCCUUCUCUGUCCUGGGCUGGGAGAUGAUGCUGUACAUGUGGAAGACAAAGGGAAAUGCCUGGUAUGUGACUGUGCUGGUGGGAUGUGUGCCACGCCAGUGGGGCUGGGCUGACUGCUGGCAGAGGAAAGGCGAGGGCAGAGGGGAGCACGGCUUGAACCCGCUGGCUGUGACUGAUGUGUCCUUGUAUGUGCACAGUGUGUGACUUUUCCCAGAGAUGCCUGGGGUAAAGCCAAACCUGAAGAGCAGAGAUUUCCACCAUGACCAAGUCCUGCUCUUGGCUCCAUUUAUAACUUAAAAGCUUAAGAAGAUGACUUGCCUGUCCUCCCAGGUCAGCCCUGUGUUUUCUUCUACCCCAAAGUGCUUGAGCUCAUUUCUGCUUCAAACCUGCCCUUGUGAAGUGGUGCAGCUGAGUCCAGUCCCACAGCAGUGCAGCUUGGACAUUGGUGGGCAUGACCCCUGUGCUGACUGGAUCCCCACGUAGCUGGGGCAGAGCGAGAGCACGUUUCACUCCUUGCAGCGCAAAUGCGAUGUCAGUUACUUCAGAGGCCACCAUUUGCACCAGAGUGAAACCAUUGCAGCCAUGUAUGAUGCAGGCAGCUUCACUGGCUUUUGCAUUGCUUUAUUUAAUCGGAUUUUUGUGAGUGCAGAUGGGUUACGCUAUACCAAGGGCAUGGCAUUCCUGUGGAGGUAACCCUGAUCUGGAGAGUUGUGUCUACCCUGGGAGGGUGUGAAGAGAUGGGAUCCAGUGCCCUUUCUUAUGCUCAUGUGAUAGUGAGCUGCUGCCAUCUAUUGAGCAUCAGAAGAUGUUUUGGUUUUGCCUCCAAAAAGGCAAAGAUUUUUUAUAUAAAACUUCUAAAAUUUUAAUAAACAUGUUUUUAUAUUGAUUUUUAAAAGUCAGUGAAUGCAUGGAGAUAUCUUCAUUCUCUUGCAGUGCUGAAAAACCAGUUAGUUUAGCACCAAGGCAUGGCAGUCAGGCAGAAACUGAACAAGUGAAUUUCUUAUAAAGACCAAAAGCAGCGCGUAAAUGAGUGGUCAUAGAUGGGAACACUAAACUUAAUUAAUCUUAUAGUGUAAUUAAUUGAAGAAUUUUCGAAACAGAGAAUACUUCUGAAAAUCUCAGCCCUGCGUUUUUAGAAAGUAUUUUUAGUACCUUAAAAUUUGUACUGAGUGUUUGAAAGACCUGUGAGUAAUUCAAGAUCCUAGAACAAGGCACAGCAUCAGUGAACUUGAACUGGCGAGGAUGCGUACAAAUGAGAGGAACAGAGUUGGCUUAAAUAGUGUCAUGGUUCAUUUCAGGGAUUCGGGCAGGUAUGUCUUCUAAGUAAGUGACUGAAAACAGCUACAUGAAAGGAGAAAUUCAGAUGCUGUAAAAUUUGAGCCAAACUGUUUUGCAUGCUGCCAAGCAUCUGUAGCUGGGCAGGCAGCCUGCUGAGCUCAUGCUGACUUUCCCCUUCAGACCUAUAUGGGAGAAAAAAGCUGAACAUGGGGAGAGAUUACACUGAAUUUGCUCUUUUGUCUUCAGGUAUCUUAUCUGAGGAACUAAAGUGUGUGGUCAGCACAGAGAGAGAGAUACAGGCUGUGAUUCAUCACAGUAGCCUAACUUAGACACUGAAUUAUUCUCUGGAGGGCUCUGUCUCUCCACUGGUGGCGAGAUGCCUGGCCUCCUGUCUCAGGGCAUAGACUUAUGAACCAAGGUAGUUAAAUAAGUGCUAGGGAAGUGGCAAUCUUCUCUGUGCUGCCUGCUCCUCUCAGCCUCAGGGAGGCCAGGGGCAGCUUGGUGGCCCUGCAGCUGCUGUGUCUCUCAGCCCAGUGCAAAAGCACUGGCUGGUAUCGUUCACCACUGCAGGGUUUGCAUCCCUGUGGCGGCUGACACGCGGGCAUACCGUUGAUUGCUGUCAGCAUCUCAGGGCACCUGGGCACCUGGCUCUGGGCACCUCUGGGACCAUUCCCUGGCUCUUGGUUGAAGCCCCUGCCUCGGCAGGGUCAGCCAUAGAGCUGACCUCCCUCUCUGCCUGCUGUGGAGGAGUGGGACUGGAUCUGCUGCCCCAGGCAUCAUGCCCAUCCCCUCCAUCCUUUUCUUUCUUGGGGGUUUCUUUGCUGAGGUCCCUUGGCUGCCUUCCAUUCAGAAAGCAGGGAGGGGGAAAGGAGCAGGCUAAUUUCUUCCAUGUUUAGAACCGAGUACAGGAAUGCUGCUGUUUUCUGGCCAUGGUUAUACCUCACUGAGGGAAGAGCUUUCCAACUGGAUUGCUCUGACCUGGCUGUGAACUGUUCUCAUUUGGCCACAAAUGAGCAUCUUGGGUAGUAUGGCUGGGGGCUGCAGA